AUGCGAGGCGAGGCGAGACGGUUCAGGUCAGAUCACCUUACUACUGUACACCUAUUUCUCAUCUAUCUCGCCAGUCUCGUCAUCUAUCGUCUCUACUGGAGUCCCCUAGCGAAAAUCCCUGGUCCGAAAUUGGCCGCAGCGACUUUUUGGUAUGAGUUUUAUUAUGAUGUGAUUCGACGGGGGAGGUAUACGUGGAAAAUUGGAGAGUUGCAUGAAGAAUAUGGCCCCAUUGUGCGAAUCAAUCCAUUCGAAGUACACAUCAACGAUCCGGAUUAUUAUCAUCACAUCUACUCGGGACCUUCCAAACGUCGAGAGAAAUGGGCUUGGUCGGCAGCUAUGUUUGGGACAUCUUCUUCGCAUUUUUCUACUGUACCGCAUGAAUUGCAUCGUAGACGACGCGCACCGUUGAAUCAUUUCUUCUCUCGCGCAUCCGUGCUGCGACUCGAGCCCAUGGUGAGAGAUGUGGUGGAGCACUUGUGUUCGCGGCUCGAAGGCUUUCGAGAUACCAAAGAGCCUGUGAAUCUGAGACAUGCGUUUGCGGCCGUGGCAAUGGAUGUGGUGACGGAAUAUGCAUUUGGGACGAGCUAUAAAUGUCUGGAAGAUCCGUUGUUUGCUCCCAUGUGGCCUGAAGCUGUCGAUUCGGUUUCUGAGCAGAGUCAUCUCAAUAAGCAAUUUCCAUGGCUACUGCCACUCAUGCGUCGAACACCUCUCUGGCUCGUGGAGAAACUCAAUCCGCAUAUUAUGCGCCUUAUCAAACUCCAAAUCGACCUCUCCAUUCAAGUCCAAAAACUCAUGACGACAACAACAGACCAACAACAACAAGAUCAAUCCAACGCAAACAAAACCCCCUCCUCCUCUUCCUCCUCCCACCCCACAAUUUUCCACGAACUUCUCCAACCCGAUUCUCUCCUCCCCACCCAAGACCGCACCCUCACCCAUCUCGUCGGCGAAGCCCAAGCCAUCGUCGCAGCAGGCCAAGUCACCACCACGCAUUUCCUCAACACCACUGCUUUUCACAUUUUAUCCCAACCGAAAAUCCUCUCGACCCUGCAAAAGGAAUUGAAUACCGCCAUCUCAUCAUCAUCACCACCAAAAGAUGGAGAAGAUGAAACAUUUCUCCCUCCUCUCCAAAUCUUAGAACAACUCCCCUAUCUCUCCGCCAUAAUUCUCGAAGGCUAUCGUCUUUCCUACGGCGUCACGCAUCGUUUACAAAGAAUUUCUCCGGAUGAGGAUUUGAUUUAUGAGGAUCAAAGAAAUAAAAAUGAAAAUGAAAAUGAAAAGAAAAAGAAAAAUGAGGAUAAAAUUUAUGUGAUUCCCAGAGGUACUCCAAUGAGUAUGACAUCCAUUUUCAUGCAUGAGAAUCCCGAGAUUUUUCCUCGUCCAAAGGAGUUUGAGCCGGAGAGAUGGCUUGAUGAUAAUUCUCCUUCUUCUCCUUCUGAUGGUUCGUCUUCUGCUGAUGAUGGUGCGAAAAAACAUCUAUCGAAUUAUCUGGUCAAUUUCAGUAAAGGCACACGAGGAUGUCUAGGACAACAUUUAGCAUCUGCGGAAAUCCAUCUGACGCUCGCGGCGAUUUUUAGUGGGAAAAGGUUUGAGUUGGAAUUGUAUCAGACGACGCGAGAGGAUGUUGAUGUGGAACAUGAUUUUUUUAAUCCGCAGCCGAAAAAGGGGGCGGUGGGGGUUAGGGUUUUUGUGAAUUAG